AUGCUGUUAGCAUAUGCAGAAAUAUACGAACUUUUUUACCGAAUACAUACAAGAGGAGUCAUGGAGCACGUGCACGACCACGCAGGCAUGGACCACGGGAGCAUGGACCACGGAAGUAUGGACCACGGGAGUAUGGACCACGGAAGUAUGGAUCAUGGGAUGUGCGGACAUGAUGGCCACAGCCACGCCAUGGCGUUCCAUUCAUCAGUCUGUCAAGAGAUCCUCUUCAGCGGCUGGUUGACUACAAAUGCUCUGGAACUGUUCGGGUCUGCGGUCGCCAUCUUCUUCGCUGGUGUUCUAUAUGAAGGUCUGAAGUACUUCAGGGAGGCACUUCACGCUCGGGCCUCGACGGUUACUGGUGACUCCAGGGUCAAUAUCACAAAGAGCGAGUGUGGGAACAAUGGACCUUGCAGUGGACCAGCUGUUGUUAAAUAUACAAUGAUGUCAUCAGGUCACGUGAUACAAACAUUCCUCCACUUCAUCCAGUCGACUACUUCCUAUAUCCUCAUGUUGGUGUUCAUGACCUACAACGUGUGGCUUUGCCUAGCACUUGUCCUUGGUCUAGCGGUCGGCUAUUUCUUCUUUGGCUGGCGGAAGAACAACGUUGUGGACGUCAAUGAACAUUGUCAGUGA